UAAUAAUAUCCUUAUCUAAAAUCAGGUCUAAAGCUGAGGUUUAGUAUUUUUUAAAGUUUUUUUAUCAUGCUUGGCAUUAUUGUGAAGAAUUCUAUGUUAAAUUUUGUGUACGAGUUUUGUAUUUAAAGUGUAUUUGCAAUAUGAAAACACAUUAAUUUGCUUGUUACCAAGGUUAGAUUUUACACAUCACUGGCACAUCACUCACAUUUUUUAAAACAACCGGAAAAUUGUAAUGCACUCUGACAUAAUAUUGUAAAUAUUGUACUAAAAAAUGAGCCGUAAGGGUCUAUUGCAGAGAUAGGUUAUUCACCAUGGAGGACUCCACACCGUUUGAAGUUAUUAAAUGUGAACCUCACUAUAUGCGCGUAAUACCAGAACCAGAUGUUAUAAUUGGCUUACCAGAUGGGUUAUGCAGUGUUAGAAAGAAGCAAGAAGACAUGUUGCCUGAGUUCAAUAUUCAGUCUACUGAUUUACUGGAGACAACCCCGAAAUCGGAAGAAAGUGAAGAGGAGGAAGAUGAUGGUGAAGUUGGCAGUUGCGCUUCUAACGUUGAGGAAAUAAAGAAUAUGCCUGAUUCUUUUGUUUCUGACCCUGAGAUGUCAAUGGAGCCUGCGGGCAUGUUUGAGUUUGUGGGUCUGCAGCCCUCAUCCAACAACUAUGUCUGUGCGGGAGCGGCCUCAGAGAAGAGCAUGAUAUGCAAAAUGAGAGCAAACAUUGUGAAAGCACUUUGCGUGAAUACAGUUGACAAAUUGUCACUUUCUGGCCCAAAACCUGCUGUUGGAAAUGAACUUGUGAGCCACAUGAAAAUGGCAAUCAACACUAUAAUUGGACGUGAAGAAAAUAGUGACUUUUCUGAUGGAGAAAGUGAUUUUGAAUAUACAUCACAAUUCAGGCCAAAAUUUCAUUUCUGUGAGAAAUGUUGCAAAUUUUUCAAUCGAAAAAGCUCUCUUGAAAAGCAUGUUCUAACACACUUGUACACAUGUGCAGCGUGCAACACGAGCUUUCCGACGAAAACGAGCUUGAGAAAUCAUGUCCGAUACACUGCAUGUGGUUGGUCGUUCAAGUGCAGAUCGUGCGGAUUGAUCUUCAAGCACAAGUCGAAGCUUGCCAAGCAUGAGAAAGUCCACGUCGCUGACAAAAAGCUGUUUCGAUGCGUCGAAAAGCCGUUUCGAUGUGACGAUUGUGGCAAAAGUUUCAUGACCGAAAGCUUUCACAGGAGACACACCACGAUCUUGUGCUGUAAGAUCGUCAAUAAAUGCGACACUUGCGGCAAGGAGUUCAAAGAACUCGACCAACUGAAAGUGCAUCGAUUAACGCAUAAAACGACGAACCCGUACAAGUGCGAACGGUGUGCCACGAGCUUCAAAGACCGCAAUGCGUUGAAGUUGCACGCUCGGAAGUACAUCAACGAAGACGGGUACAAAUGCGAGCUUUGUCACAAGCUGUUCCUGUUCAAGAGCGAGCUACUGAAGCACAAAGUGCGGCACCACUCGUACCGGAGGUUCAGCUGUGGUCGCUGCUGCUCGUCCUUCAAGCAUGAGGGCAGCUUCGAGGCACACGCGCUGCUGCACUCGCUCGAGCCGCUCGUCUGCGGCAUGUGCGACGCGCGGUUCCGCACAGAUGACGAGCUCAGACAGCACAAGCAGACUCACUUCGAGGUUCACAACUGCCACCUGUGCGGCCUCGCCUUCCACGAGGGGGGCAGCCUCCGCAAGCACCUCCACGUGCACAUCAACGAGACGGGCUCCAUGUGCAGCGUCUGCGGCAAGGUUUUCAAAAACAAGAGCGUCUUGGCCAGCCAUGCCUUGACUCACAACAUGAAGAAACGCUACUCUUGAUCCGUCUGAUAUUCACGUGGCUUCAGAAGACACAUGUUCCUCAUUCACAGUCAUUUUAAAGACUGGUGCAUUUCUACAUUCAUGAAUGCUGUCCUGGAAUUCUGUAUUAAACAUUAAGUUGGGGAUGUUGAUAAACUGUAAACUUAUAAGCUCGCCAUAGUUGGAUGGACCUGACAUGCUUAGGAGGAUUUUUGUAUACAGUAUGGUCACGUGACCUGAUUUUUUCGACAUAAUCUGUAGCAUACUUUCGUAAUCUGCGUUUUGUGUUUUGUCAACUUCGAAGCUUACAAAUUAAAAAAUACAAAUUAUCAAAUAACAAUUAUGUUAGUUUAACCUUGUGCGACAGGGAAAUACAUAAAUAAGGUUUGAUAAUAUUGAAGCUUGGUAUUGUUCUGUUAAAUUAUUUUUAAAAUUUACGGAUUUAAUUAUUUUGAUUACUUUAGGCAAUACUAAUGUGAAACAGCAGCUAGAAAAUUUUACAAUAAAUUUAGGAAGUUAAAGUGGGGUUGUUUUUAAAUUAUUACUUUAAAUUUCAAUUGAACUCACUCUACACUUUCUGACCACCAGAUUGACUAUCAAAGUGUUCCAAUUGGAAGCUAAUUGAGUCCAAAAUGGGAAAUGCAAAUUGCCAAGCAAGCCAGUUGAAACACGGCCUCAGUGUGGCAAGAAGACAGGACCAGCAAUAAUUACUAUCCAGGUUCCAACGUGUCUGAUUUGUGAGCAGAGUUGACCACCCAAACCACUUUGUCUUGAGCCUUCCUAUAUAUAACAAUGCUGUAUAAAACAGAGUAAUUUUUACAACUCAUUUUAAGUAGAGCUGGUAUGAAUGAAUAAGUGGUGUAACAACUCGUCCACAUCGAGAUCAUUAGAGACCAUGAGAGGUGAUGAGAUCAGAAUAUAGCAUUAACGGAAUGAAUAGGUAGCAGUUGAUUGUAAUGUUUCCCACUUUUGAAAAAUCGAAGUUAUAUCCGCAGGAAAAGAAGCUGGGAAAACAAUUUAUAUUGAUACCAAAUCUGAUAAAGGAUAUAAAAUUGUGUAGGGAAAGUGUUUGUCAAAAGUGGUUAUACGUGGACUUACUCGUAGGUACAGUCGUACUGUUGUAUUUGUUACCAUAGGUUUGAUUCCCUUGUAAGGUGUUGACUAGCUGAUAGGUAUGUUAGUAUUUUAUUUUUAACAUAAUUGUUGUGUGUGCUGGGACCAUUCACUGUUAGUUUGUUCAAAAUGUUAUAAAUAAUUUAUUCUAACUGCUGGAACAAGUCACUUUGUCAUUGCAGCUAUAGUGGUUGUGUUUGGAAGGUGAAAAGUGCAAUAUAAAUUUAUUAAAUCAUUACAUCAUGUUCAUUUUGGUGUAUACGUUAGUAAAAUCUAUGUUUGUUAAGUUGAACUUACUGCCUAGGUUAACAUAUUAAAACAUGUUUAAAAAACAAACUAAAUGGUACAAUUUGUUCAUUAGUACUUACAGUAUUAUUAUUGCCAGUCUGUUAAAAUUAAGGCUUACCUCUCUGACAAAACCCAACACACAGCUGUCUACCCCAUUAUAAUUGCAUACAUAUGCCACAUUCAAUAGUGACCAUGUUUUGCUGGGUAUACCUACCAUGAUCACAGAUUACUGUUGUUAACAUAAAUUUAUGAUUGCAAUUUCUUUAAUUAAUUACAUUACAGACUUUUAACAUAUGCCUUAUGUGAUUUGUUAAUUUUCUAGUGGUAUGUAUUUAUCAUAUCUAUUUUUGUAUAAAUAUUGCAAUAUGUUCAAUUAUGCAUACAGUUUUAUUGAUAUACAGGAUGUACAAGUUAAUGUAACUUUUUUUAGGAACAUUGUUUUAAGGUUUUCCGUAAUGAAGAACAUGCACAAUAUUUUUAACAAUAUAAUUAAAAUCUACUACCAUUUUUUUUUCUUUA